CUUCGCCGCGCGACCAGCAGUCCUUCUUAUUUUCCAUAAAACAUACCUCUAAAACGAACGACUGCCUGCUUACCAGCUCCACGACUACUUCCAUCCAUUGUUCCCUCGCGUUGUUUCCCCCGCCUUUGCGACCGUGCCCGCCCAUGAAACAACAACUGACGACAACGAUUCCAUGAUCCUUCCAAAACACUUGUUCUUCUGCCCUACCGACCGAUUCUAACGUACUAUAACAACCGAACGAUAUUAAUGACCGACCAAGAUGCGCCUAUUCCGGGCGCCAUACCCGAUGAUGCUAUGAGCUCCCCCACCACUAAAGACCCCGUUACCGCCGAUCCCGUCCCGCAAGCGAAAGCAGACAACGACUACUUCGAUGACGAGAUGAAAGGCGGUGGAGGAUUCUCUUCGGCCGCCUCGGUUACAACAUCCACAACCACCGACAAGGAGGAGGACCUCGCAACACAAGCUUUCCGCUUUCUGGCUACCGCAACCCCCGGGACACUCGGCGGAGUUGCUGUCGGUCUCGGCGCAGUUACAUACUUCGUACUAGGUCCUCUCGGACUUGUCCUGAUAGGAGCAUUCGGUGGUAUCGUUGGCUACAUACAAUGGGAGCAGCACAACACCGAAGUAGCUCGGGCCCUCAAGGGAGAAAAGGGCGUGGACCUUGUUGCGAGGUUGCUGGAGACCAAGACCAAGGCCGAGGUCACCCAGAAUGAACAAGACGCCGACAAGCAAGAAGCCGCAUUGGCCCUCCGCCUUGAAGACUUCCAGCCUGAAACCCGUGAAGCCAUCAAUGAGAUAAUUGACGCCGUAAUCAGCGGCUAUGUCAAGUGGUGGUACUCCCCGCUGGUGCCCUCGGACAAGUUCUUCCCUCUGGCCUGCAAGAGGACCUUGACCUCUUUCAUCCUCGCCAUUUCCAACCACCUGAAGAGGAAACGGCCAGCGGACGCCUUUCUGGAUUUCCUGACAAAUUCGUCUUCCAUCGUCAUUGUCUUCCUCUCCGAGCUCACCAAGGCCUUUGCCGAAUUUCCCGCGGACGUCCAGGUCUCGGCCGCCGAUGCCUUGUACACUUAUCUUGGGUCCCACCCCGACUCGAACCUUGCGCAAUUGCUCAACGAGAGGCAGCAGGCCGGCAAGUUUAGAAUGGUUGCUGAAGACCUGCUUUCCUUUUUGGAUAAACCCACCUACGAAUGCGAUCCUGCCAGGGUGUUUUUGAGGGAGAUCCUGGCUGGGGUUGUCCUUGAAAUGACGCUUCAGAACUGCUGCAAACCUGAAUGGAUCAAUUCAUGGAUCGUCUAUCUGCUGGAGGAGGGUGAACCCGACUUCAGCCAAGCUAUUGACGAGGGCAUGCAGACUGGUCCUGCUGCCGCUGAUGCUACCUUUGCUGAUUUCGACGGGAACGUGGGCAACAUUGGUCUCACCAGAGGAAACAAGAACUCUUUUGAGACGGAAAAGGUACGCCGGAAGUCAUCCAUCGCCAUGUCCCACAAGAAGAAACUCAGCAAAGCCGAUGAAGAGGUGGAACUCAUGGAAGAGAUGAAGAAACUCAACCAGAUGAUUGCCGAACAAGAGUCAAAACGCGACAAGGAGGCCAAAGAUAUCAUGGCCAAGUCAGGGUCAGUGCCUUUACAGCAAACAGUUGUGGCGGAAGAGCCGGAUCAGUUUGGCGAUGCUCUCAAGCGCAGUUCUGAGGAGCACCAACUUGCUGUGCAACCGAUUGUGGCUCGUACCGAGCCCGAGUCACAGGGCUCAACGUCAAGCAAUGUAUCUAGCAGCACCUCCAACGCCAUCAAAACACCUCUAUCGCCAUUAUCGGGAAAGAGCUCGCCGGCGCCCGGGGGGGCACAAUCUCAACCCGAGGUACCCUCUCGAUUUACCAGCUUUGACCAGAUCGUCCCUCCUGCGCGGGCAGAGACCCCGAUCGAAGAGGAACGGCCCAAGCCACCGCCUUUGACAUUGCACAACGCCAACAUUACUAUUCUGGACGAGCCAGGUGACCGAAAUCUCGGCUCGAAGCCUGGAUGGGAUUAUCUCGUACAGAUAGAACCCGCCACCUCGAUCUACCCAGGUUGGAUGAUUGUGCGCAAAUACCCCGACUUUGAGCGACUCCACGAGAUUUUGCGCCGUAUUGCUGCCAUCUCUGGUGCUACCGAGUUCAACACCAAACACAAAACAUUGCCACAGUGGAAGGGCGCUACCAGAAAUUCGCUCCGGGAUGAGCUGGAACGCUAUGUAAAAGACGCCUGCUCUUAUAAGCCGCUGGCAGAGAGCGAGGGCAUGAGGAAGUUCCUUGAGAGGGAUACGGCCAACAUGCCUGUUCGGCCAAAGUCCGGAUUUGAGGCUUUCGAGAAGAUUGGAAAGGGUGUCUUUGACGUCAUGACCAGUGCUCCUCUCGAAGGCUCCAAGGCCCUCGUGGACGGUUUCACCGGUGUUCUAGGGACUAUCGGUCUUGGACACAAGAAGAACGCAGCUUCAUCUGCUAGUGGAAAUUCGGCGUCUGGCGCACCACAGUCUGCUCUCCAAGACGUGACCGCGGCUAGUCGUCUCUCCAUGUCAACGAUCCCUAGACCCGACAGUAGUGCAUCGCUGAAUCGGAUUCGUGAAAGCAUUGACAGCCAACGGUCUUCCAUCAUCUCAACGCAACCCAGCAAGGUCGACCCUAUGGACCGUCGGACUAGCUGUGACUACCGCACCGAGGUAGAGUCAGCACGCUACGGAAGGACGUCUGCACGCGACAGCCGCGAACAAAGCCGUGCCUCUAGCCGAGCGCCGCCUUCCCUUCGUUCUCCAUCAUCACUCAGUCUCACGCUGGAAUCUCUCAGACUUCCUCCUCCGCCCGACAUUAUGCCAGACAACUACCAGAACUCUCCCGUCAGUCCCUCACCCAGCUCCCGCAUUCACGACUACUCACCCCACCACGCCCGCUCCUUAACCAUGCCCUCCCUCCCCGGUUCUCAUUCUAGGAGCCAGAGCCGUAGUCCCGGACCCGGCGCUGCCCCUCUUCAAGGCUUCAAAUCCUACCCCAAACUCUCGGAGGAAGAAACCCGCGUGGCGGUGGAGCUCCUCUUCGCAGUCAUCAACGAGCUUUAUACUCUCUCCUCGGCCUGGAACUUCCGUCGAACGCUUCUCGCGGCUGCCAAGUCGUUCCUCCUUCGUCCUGGUAACCCCUCGCUCUCCUCGAUCCAGUCACUCAUCCAGUCGUCUGUCUUGGAUGCGAACACCUCAGACGACGGGCUCGCAGCACACUUGCGCAAGCUGAGGGAGAACGCGCUCCCCACUGAAGAGGAGCGGGCGCAAUGGCCUGGUGAGAUGAGUGAUGAGGAGAAGGAAAAGUUGAGGGUUAAGGCGAGGAAGUUGUUGAUUGAGAGUGGAGUUCCCGCUGCUCUGUCGGGAGUCAUGGGACAGUCAGCUACCGGGGAGGCGUUGGGACGGUUGUUCGACUGUUUGCAGAUCGAGGAGGUGGCGAGGGGUCUGAUGUUUGGAGUGUUGUUGCAGGCGGUAAGGACGGUUACGCAUUGAGUGCGGUCACUGAAUAUGAUAGAGAUGAAAAGACAUUGAUGAUGAGAUCUUAAUGACACAUAAUAGAUGGGAUAGGGCAAACGGAUGGGAUGGCUUAGAUGGUUCGGCAACAUGGGAAACGACACGAGACGAAAGGUGAAGGAACAUCCAUCCUAUCUCCCAACAUGAUGGAGGGGAGAUCUUCCUACCAUAACCACGAAAUCUUUCUUGGUUAGGGCUAAUGAUGACGAGUAUUGAUAUUGUAAUUAGGUCCGCGGUUGUUGUUUGAUGUACAGUAGUAUUAGAUAGUAUUAAUAAUGACGAGAAGCGUGAAC